AUGUCAGAGACAAGUGACCCAACGCCGAAGGACGGCGACGCUUCGGCGAACAAGGAGGAAGGAGCUUCUGAGCUCGCGACUCCCAAGACGGGCGAUAAGCGCAAGCGCGGUCGGCCACGCAAGGACCCCGCGGACGUGACCCCCAAGUCCGAUGGUCCCAAGCGAGCCCGUGGGCGCCCUCGCAAGGUCGUCUCGGAGGCUGACGCUGCCGAAGCUGCGAAGAAAGCCGCCGCUUCAUCUGGCGAGAAGAAAGGACGUGGACGUCCCCGCAAGGAGCCUGGUACGACUUUGAGCCUUUCCCUUUCUAUUGAUGCUUUCCGACCAAUUUCCAAGACCUUGUCUUUCUCUUUCUCUGCGCCGCGACACCCAAGCCCAAACCAACUGCUGCUACUCCGAAAAAAGGAUGGCCGUGGCCGGCCACGCAAAAGCCUCCCUUCCAAUGGCAACACCCCUGCUUCAUCUAAAACCACACCCCCUAAGAAGAAAGAUGGCCGAGGUCGUCCCCGCAAGAGCCUGCCUGCCAAUGGCGAUGAUCCCCUCGUGGAAGAACAGACAGAGGUGCCCGCUUUCACUGUGCCCAAGGAGGAUACUGGCCGUUCGUACUGGCUGAUGAAGGCCGAGCCCGAGUCACGCAUGGAGAAAGGCGUCGAUGUCAAGUUCUCGAUCGAUGACUUGGCUGCUGCAAAAGAACCCGAGCCUUGGGAUGGAGUACGCAACCCAGUUGCGCGAAACCUCAUGCGCGAGAUGAGGAAGGGAGACCUUGCAUUUUUCUACCACUCUAACUGCAAGUCUCCUGGCAUUGUGGGAGCUAUGGAAAUCGUGAAAGAGCACUCUGCUGACGAGUCUGCUUUCGAUCCUAAGCAUCCUUACUACGAUCCCAAGUCGAACGCGGAUAACCCCAAGUGGGUCGUCGUUCAUGUUGAAUUUCGUCGAAAGUUCAACAAGCCAGUCACCCUGACCGAACUCAAGGACCAUGCUGAAGCUGGGAAGCCACUUGAGAACCUCCAAACCCUCAAGCAGUCUCGCCUUAGUGUCUCCUCCGUGACCCCCGCCCAGUGGCGCUACAUUCUCGAGGUGGCAGGCGAAGAGCCAUUUCCAGCCCCAACCAAGGACGAAAGCAGCUCCGAGUAA